UCAGGUACCAGGGCAAAUGCAAUGCAUUUCCAGGCAUUCCUGUUGGAUGGACUGGUGAGGUGGAACGAGGACCGUGCGCAGACAGCAGUGGAGGGAAAGAACAGGCAGCCCCUGCUCUCCUACAGUGGCCACCUGCAGCACAUCCUUAACCUUAGCAGCCAAAAAGUGCUUGGCAAGGAACAGGGUAAGGACUACACCAAGCCUAGCAAGUACACGGGGGAACUCCUCGGAGUGGAGUACCUGUACUCGCAGACUGGCAGAGUGCUGCAGGAUGUCAGCGCGGACCCUGACCUUCCGGAAGAGGCAGCCGCCGUUGUGCAGCUCGACGAGGAGGACGAGGGCUUUCAGGAGGAUGUGGACCAGACAGUCCACAUCUCUCAUGUCACUCCCAUGAUCGCCCCGUCCUCCAGCUCAGCGGCACCUCUGUCAGGGGAACCCGCUGACACACUCAGGUCUGGGCCAUCCAGUCCCACCGCCCCUGAAGACGGAAGCUCUCCUGAGGCCCCUGAUCAACACGGUUCUCCUCACCCUGAACACUCCUCUGAUUCAGAGGGGGAGACUCAAGGCCCUGAUGCAAUGCCGGGCUACCAGCAUGUCCGCAGGCUUGCCAGGGCCUUGGUGGAGGUGAGGAGCCGUCAGGGGCUGUCGGACCGCAGGGUAGACGGUCUGGUGGCGCUGUGGCUGGCGCUGCCAGACUUUGACAAGCAACGUUUGAUCUACCCUGCCCGACACCAGGAGAGGAUCGUUCAAGGGCGGUUCAAGGCAUCGAAGGGGAAGUCGUCCAUUAUCCUAGGAAAAGACUCUCUCCAACGUUGCCUUCUCGGACUCAACUCGGGCCCUGCCAAUUGGCCGGGCACCAGCCGUUUGGUGGAGGCAAUUUGCAGUCAGCUCUGCCAAAUCCAUCCCAGCGCCACGCAGUCUGCCGGCGUCAAAAAGAGCAGGUGGGCGCUCAUUCUGGCUGACUACGUGGCCAUCAGGGAGGCAGUGCUGAACAGCCCGAGGUUGAUGGCCCAGACCAACCUUCAGCUCUUUGAGCUGAAUCAAAGGACCAUCAGUCAGUGGUACUCUCGGCGUCAGAAGGAGAGGGAGAGGAUGGUGCUGCAGCAGGGAUUGGGGCUCGCUGUUGCCCCCAGCGUCACCGCCCAGCCCCUCCCUGAAGCCAAGCCCCUCCACUACCAGCGGGAGGGAAUCCAGGCACCCUUCCCUUUCCCUACGCCGCCCCGGUCCCACGCCAGACCACCCAGCAAGGAGAGCCCGCCCAAGCGCCCAUUCAGCCAGCCCACCUGGAGCAACAACCCCCGCACUUCCCGGCCCCUCCCAAGCCCAAGGACAACAUACGGGCUGCUCUUCACCUCCUCCAGUGCCAAGGACAACGGCUUGGAGGAGGAAGAGGAUUGCGGACGACACAGACGGCGGGAGACGGGCCACAGCCGCUUCGGCGGCAUAGCGUUCUGCUCUGUGGCUGCGGGGGGUAAGACCGUGGCCCAGUGGCUGGCGGAAAUGAAGGACGCUGAGGGGCGAGGUGAAGGACACUGA